CAACCGGGGGCCGGAUGUGAGGUCCUGUGUCCCGAAUAUCGUCCUGCUCCGCUGUGCGGGUCACCGUCGCCCACGGUGCUCGCCGGCCCCAGGUUGCCUCUCCGCGGGUUUGGGGGGCGCCAUGGAGGCGCCGCCGCCUGCACCCCGCAGCCUCCUGUGCCGGGCCUGGGGUCCCUUUCCCCGAGUCUUUGCUGCCGGCGCUGUGGCUGCGGAUUCCCAAGGCUUUGCGGAGGAUCGGGAGGCGCACUCCCGCGUCUCCGAACCCGGUUCCCCGGAAUCCGGACGGGACCGCCUCCGGCAGCUGUUUGCCAAAGAUGAACAAGAGAAAAUUCCAAAGGAAGUUGACUAUAUCUUGAGGGCAGCUGUUUCAGCAGGCAUCAUUGGCUGGGCGUAUGGAGGAAUACCUGCUUUUAUUUAUGCGAAAAAACGCUACAUUGAGCAGAGUCAGGGGGAGAUGUAUCAUAACCGCUUUGAUGCUGUGCAAAGUGCACACCGAGCUGCCACGAGGGGCUUCAUUCGGUAUGGCUGGCGUUGGAGUUGGAGAACUGUGGUCUUCGUGACCAUAUUCAACACAGUGAACACUGGACUAACAGUGUAUCGAAAUAAAAACUCCUUGAGCCAUUUUGUCAUUGCUGGAGCUGUCACCGGAGGUCUUUUCAGAGUAAACUUGGGUAUUCGAGGCCUGGUGGCUGGUGGUAUAAUUGGAGCUUUGUUAGGCACGCCCAUGGGAAGCCUGAUGAUGGCACUGCAGGCUUACUGUGAUGAGACAGUCCAGGAGAGGAGACAGAAGGACCAGAAGGCAUCCCGUGAGCAGAAACUGGAAGAGUGGAGAAGAAAACUGCAAUUCACUGAACUCCUCCCUGAGGAAAUUGAAAGUGGCUUAGAGAGGAUUCGGCCUGAGGAAGAUGCUCAGAGAAUCCAGGAGCUGCUGGACCUCCCAAGGAACCCUCCAUCACCAGAUCAACAAGACAAAGACUGAGGAUGAGGGGCUCUGUGUGUUUAGGAAUGCCAGUGCCAGGCUACUUCUCGCCCUGACAAAUGCAGGUGCUGGCACCUGUGGUUGCAGUGACUUGCUUCUUACCUUCUCUCUCCACAGGAAGAAUUAGGCCAUCAAAGCUGGUGCCACACACUAAUCCCAGCUGCUUGGGAGGCUGAGAAAGAUGAUGUGCGGUUAGUGCGAGCUACAUAAUGAGACCCUGUUUCAAAAAUACGUACCCACAAAAACCACAACAGAACCAAGAAGUAACCCAUAGAAUUGGGCUGCAUUUUCUUAUCUAUACUGAUCAUUGAUCCAUCUGAAUACUUAAUAUUUCUCUAUCUUGCUAGAUUUUAUGCAAGUAAAGUACUUCCCAAAAGAAUAAAACUGGAUUGUCUGGAUUACCUAUUCUCUCCCCAGUCUUUUAAGAAUGUUCUCUUGGAGUGACUGAAAAGAGAAGGAACUAGGUAAAAGAAAUGGCCUGUGAAAUCACCUUCCUCUGGGCCUUCAGACAGUGUGGGCCUCAGUGCAUUUAGUUUCGCUUUAAUAGGAAUAAAAGGUGAUUCCUGUGCCAUUUGAAUGUGAUUUAAUAAAAUGGAAGCAGGCGGAUAUUGUCCAGCUUUGUUUCCUCUCCCCAUUGCUGAAGGAGCAUCUGUGUUCAGUGUACAGAAGAUGCCAGAGGAGACACGCCAGCCCUACACCAAGGAGAAGCCGAUGGGGAGGAAAUAAAAGACUGAACUAUGCGG